UUGUUUGACCAGCGUCCCUCCCAGAUUCCUGUAAAGCACCUGGUCCAGGCUGUUACCUAACUCCAAAGUCAGCGUCAUCUCACCUGUUCUGGCCCUCUCGGGAGAACGCAAAGCUGGGAUUAAAGCACAAACCACCAAGCCAGCAACCACCUCUGAGCCAUUCCCAGAAAUCAGGAGCCGCUGCCCGGGAACACCCCGCAUCCUCUUCAAGCAACUGCUCACAGCUGCACCGAUGUUAACCACCAUGAAGGUUAAAAUCUCCUUUCUCCUCCUGUUGCUGCCACUAAUGCUGACAUCCAUGGUCUCCAGCAGCCCAAAGUCAGGGGUCGCCAGAGCCCACGGGGAGCAACGCCAGGCUUCUAGGAGGUGGCUCCAGGAGGGCAGCAGAGAAUGUGAGUGCAAAGAUUGGUUUCAAAGAGCCCUUAGAAGAAAACCCAUGACAGUGCCCGCACUGCCAAAGAAGCAAUGUCCCUGUGAUCAUCUCAAGGUCAACAUGAAGAAAAGCAGACACCACAAGCACCAGAGGAAACCAAACAAGCACUCCAGAGCCUGCCAAGAAUUUCUCAAACAAUGUCAACUGGCAAGCAUCGCCCUGCCUCUGUAGGAGCUCUGAACUAAAUCUGCUCUGCCAAAAAGGCAGCGAGCACUCCUAGAGCACAGCUUCCCUGUCCCUUGCCCUCUCUGAGUCAGUCCUGUGCUCUAAAGGCAGUGUUUCCCCACAUCCCAUUAGAAACUACCCCUUCCACUGUUUUCUUCUGUCUUUUCCUGUGCCCUCCCCCUUACCCAGCUUGAAGCUUAAUUAUCCAGUUGCCUAAAAGAAACUAGGAAAUCACAUCUUCCUAACUGGUCUUACUUCACCUUAAAUACAAUCAAGAAAGUAACAAGCAGAAGUCAAUAAAUGUUUUUAAAUGCAA